AUGUUCAGCUUCAUUGCUAGAAGAGGCAUACAUACGGUACCCAAGUUACCAAACUUGCAGCAACUUAAAAAUAAUGGUAUCCCAAAUAUUUUAAGUGCACAAGGUUUUAAGCAAUGUUGGCUAGAUCAGCAGGAGUAUUAUUGUAAUAAGUUAACUCUAAACACUGCUGGGACGACCUUAGAGUCAUAUCUGCCAUUUCAUAUUCUAUUAAACACUGCAAAGAGGCCCUAUCAGUCUCAUAUUUUCAACAUUGCAUCAGGAGCGCAUAACAACCAUCUCUUCAUGGAAAACAUCUUGCCUGCAAGUGAGAAGCAGUCUCCCUCACCAGCACUAAUGGAACGUAUUAAAGAGCAGUAUGGUGAAUGGGAAGAUCUGAAGGCGCAAAUGAUUGAGCGUGCUGAGGAGGACGUAAUUGGUCAGGGCUGGCUGUUCCUAGUGGAGAACGGUGAAAAGGAAAUCCAUAUUCUAACUGUGAAUAACAAUGGUACACCAUACUACUUCCCAAGGAACCAAUCGUUCGACAUGAAUGUCACUCUUUCUGAAAAGGAAUUCGAGCAGUGGAAGGCUGCUGAUUACUUGACUAAAACUACCGAUAUAGAAGACUGGACGAUUCCACUAAUUGCCGUUAAUCUCUGGGAUUACGCCUACCUCAAAGAUUAUGGGGUUGCUGGUAGAUCAGAAUAUGUGAAGAAUGUCUUAGACAACCUAAACUGGACAGCUGUCAACAGCAGACUGUACUUGACGACAAACAACACUUCUAGCUAG